UCAGCCAUGCGCAUCUUGGAGUGCGGAACGCGACCUGGAGAGAGGGGCGCGCAGCCGGCCCUCGCCAUACGCCGUCACCCUCCCGCGAGUGUCGGUCACGCCCACCCCUGCACAAACACACACACACACACACACAGAGAGAGAGAGAGUGACGCAUUGCAUCGGUUGGGAGGGCGGAGAGGGAAGGAGGGUGGGAUGGUCACUCACUCACUCACCCAGGCGAGCAGCACCGGAGACGAGGCGGUCCCAGUACUGCUGGCCGAGGGACUUGACCACAAAGUCUUUGUUGAUGGGCAGCAGCGGGGCGAUGUGCUGACGUACAAACACAAACAAACACAUUUGAUCCAUAACAGGUGAGCAUACCCACGCCAGCCAGGCCCCCUCGUGUGUGUGCGUGUGUACCUCGUCACUGUGAUCGGACAGCACGGGCCCGUAGAGGGUGGCCAGCGUCUCGUCGAUCAAGAAGUUGAUCGGGUCCUUGGGCAUCUUGGGGCUGGGCGUCAACUCCUCCACAACCUGCACACACACACACACACACACACACAGAGAGAGGGUGGAUUAGUUGGUGUGCUGGUUGGUUGGUUCGUCUGACCUUGACGAGGUUGUUCUGGUGGCGCUCGACCAGCUCCAGUGCGGCGGGGAGGCUGGGCACCAGUCGGGGGCAGUUGGCGCCGCCGUUGAGCAGCGCCGCGGUGCAGAAGCCUCCUGAACACGCGCCCAUUUGGUGUAGUGUGCCUGUGUAUGUGUGUGCGGUGUGUCGGUGUGUCAGUGUGUACCGAUCGACAGGCCGGGGUAGUGCUGGAGGAUGUACUCACACACGUGCAGCGGCUUAACCACAUCCCCCAGGCCGUCGGCGGGCUGGAUGGCAAUCUAAGUGAGCAACAACCGCACACACACAAACAGGACAGAUGCCUUCUCCUGUCUGUCUGUGGUGUGGGUGUGGGUGUGGUGCGGUACUGACAAUGAUCCUGUAGACGAUGACACCAACCAGCCACAGCCACCAUUGCCCGUUCUUCUUCUUCUUCUUGUUGAGUAUGAAGAUGAGGAUGCAGCUGCACACACAACAGCACCACACAGAAACACAACAAGGACACACACACACGCAUUGAUUACAUAUCAUCAAUCGGGUGUGGUGUUUGUGGUGUCUGUGUCAUCGCUCACAUGAUGAUUAUGAUCCAGCCGUCGCACGCGCAGAUGAGAAUUGGGCUCACGGCGCCCUCGCCCAGCUCCAGGCCCGCCCUCAGUGCUUUAGACACGCACUCCAGUGCCGAGUCGCCGCCCGCAAACAGCACACGCACCUUGUCGCCCUUCUCGUGCUUGUCUAUCCACUGCACACACACACAACACAACACAAGAGGCGCAAUGUGUGUGUGUGUGUGUGUUUGGACGGUGUCUGCAUGUGUGCAUGGCAUAGUGUGUAUUUGGGUACAUCGGCGAGUUGAUAGUAGUGGGUGAACUUCUUGGGCCGCUGCGACCAGAGGAACUCCCGCACCCCGUCAGCCAGGAGCCGUACGGUGGCGGGUUUCGGGGUGCGGUCCAUGACUCCAAUCUGCACACACACAGACCACACACAACACGUCAAAGCAACAAGAUUCACACCGUGGGUGGAUGAAUGGAUGGGCUGAUGGCUGUGCGCUUGCUGACCGCCUUGAAACCCGGCCGGUCGAAGAACGGGUGCAUUAAGCCCCACCAAAUCUCCGGGUACGAGUCUUUCCCGCUCAGCCUGUAUCUAUUCUUCAAGCAUGGCAUUGAGGGCGUCGAAUUUGAAGGCGUGCGAGUCCAGCUGGCAGACACGAAACCCACGCCAAAGACACACGGCAGUUCUCACUGCAUUGGCCCGGUCCCACGCACCCAACGACCCACCUGAAUGAUUAUGUUGCCGCAGAGGUCCUCCAUUGCAGGCAGGUCGACGCCCUUCUUCUUGGCCCCGAUGGCGGCGAAAAAAUCCUGGUCCACCAUCGCCCCAUCUCCCUGACAAAGAGCGCCCGCCGCCUCUCUUCUUCCCUCUCCAUCGCCUGGGCAGCCAUGGCAGCUUCGAGCUGCUCGGUGCGCUGCCUCUCCUCCUCAAGCUCCCUCUCCCGCUCCUCGAGUUCUCGGUUUUUGUCGUCGAGUUGGUGCCGCAGCGCUGCAUGCUCUCUCUCGACAUCGCCGAGCCGCCUUCCUGGCAUCUUGGUCUGCAAAUCAUGCACCAAUUCAACGCAGUAGACGACCAGCGGGAUAGCUGGGAUUUCUUUCGGCACACAGAGAAGACCAGAAGAGCUGGCGGGUCUUCGACCGCCAGCAGCCUCUGACCGUGACCGAGGAGCAUGCGCACCUUGUCCACUUUGCCGUCGGCCUGCGGCGGGCAUCAUCGAGAACAACAACAUAGCCAGGGUGCGGGAACUGACUGGGCGGAACCAGAAGCUCAGGGUCUUCAGGCUGCUGGACCUGCUCGACGAUGUCCAUCGCUGCCAUGUUGUGCUGGUGAUGGACGAUGCAAGGUCUUCAGAAAAGCGG